CUGUAAUACUUAACUAUAUGCCUUGAGAGAUCUGAACUUUCCCAUUUUCCCCACUUCGGAGAAAAAUGGAAGAGAUCGGCGAUCAGACCUUCUUCCGCUACUGCGUCCUCACCCUAAUCUUCUCCGGCCCACCGACCGCCGUCGCUUUGAAAUUCCUCCAAGCUCCCUACGGCAAACACAACCGUACCGGUUGGGGCCCCACCGUAUCUCCGCCGAUUGCUUGGUUCGUCAUGGAGAGCCCCACCUUGUGGCUCACGCUUCUCCUCUUCCCCUUUGGCCGUCACUCUCUCAAUCCCAAAUCUCUCCUCCUCUUCUCACCUUAUCUCCUCCAUUACUUCAAUCGCACCAUCCUUUACCCUCUCCGCCUCCUCCGCAGCAGCUCAUCCUCCUCUUCCGGGAUUAACGGUUUUCCGAUCAGCAUCGCCGCCAUGGCUUUCACCUUCAAUCUACUCAACGCUUAUAUCCAGGUGAGGUGGGUUUCUCAUUACAAGGACGACUACGAAGACGGACAGUGGUUUUGGUGGCGGUUUAUUAUUGGGACGGUGGUUUUCAUAGUCGGUAUGUGGAUUAAUAUUACGUCGGACCGAACUCUGGUACGACUGAAGAAAGAGAACCGGGGAGGUUAUGUGAUACCGAGAGGAGGCUGGUUCGAGCUAGUAAGCUGCCCGAAUUACUUUGGAGAGGUGAUUGAGUGGUUGGGCUGGGCUAUAAUGACUUGGUCUUGGGCCGGGAUUGGGUUUUUCCUCUACACGUGUUCCAACUUGAUCCCACGCGCACGUGCGAGCCACGGAUGGUAUAUUGACAAGUUCAAGGAUGAGUAUCCCAAGACUCGGAAAGCUGUUAUUCCUUUUCUCUACUGAGACAACAUGUGGAAACCAAAACAUUUUUAUGUUUAUUCAAAAUUUCAAGAACCGGUUUGGUGUUUAUGUUUGUGUAUUCUUCUAAGAGUUGCAAAACUUGUGUGUAUCAUUUAGACGAAUCAAUAAAUAUAUUAAAGGUUU